AUGGAGAGGAGGAGGAUGGAUGCAGCGCUGCUGGUGCUGUUCCUGGGACACCUCGCCGCCGCCUUGGAGGUCCCGCUCGACCUGCCGCAGCCGCCUACCAUAACUCACCAGUCCCCCAAGGAUUACAUCAUCGACCCACGAGAGAAUAUUAUAAUCCACUGCGAGGCGAAGGGGAAGCCUCACCCCAGUUUCUCCUGGACGAGAAAUGGGACCCACUUUGACAUCGACGAGGACCCCAACGUGACCAUGAGGCCCCACUCUGGGACCCUGGUGGUGGACAUCAGCAGAGCGAAGGCCGAGCAUUACGAGUGCGUGUACCAGUGCACAGCCAGGAACAAACAUGGAACUGCUGUUUCCAACAACAUAGUCGUACAACAGUCCAGAUCCCCCUUGUGGUCAAAGGAGAAAAUCAAGCCAAUCGUCGUUCAGGAGGGCGUGUCCUUGGUGCUGCCAUGUCGACCUCCUGCUGGCCUGCCUCCUCCCAUCAUAUUCUGGAUGGACAAUAACUUCCAGAGGCUGCCUCAGAGCAGCAGGGUGGCCCAGUCCCUGAACGGCGACCUUUACUUCUCUAAUGUACUCCGAGAUGACUCAAGAAACGACUACAUCUGCUACGCCCGCUUCCCAUACACACAAACCAUCCAGCAGAAACAGCCCAUCACCGUCAAAGUCCUCAACAUGGAUGCAAUCAAUGACACAAUGGCAGCUUUUUACAAUGACACUGAUUUAUUUAGUGAAGAACCAGCGGAUGACAGGAAACCAUCCUUCCUCAUCCCAUCUGGCCCCUCCAGCUCCAAGACGGUGCUGAGAGGACAGGUGCUGGAGAUGGAGUGUAUCGCUGAAGCGCUGCCCACUCCUGAAAUCUCCUGGACCAAAGUGAGCGGCGAUCUCCCAGCCAAGCGCACAUCCUUCCUGCACUACCAGAGGACCCUACGCAUUGUGAACGUGUCAGAGUCAGACGCUGGGGAUUACCGCUGCACCGCCAGGAAUCAGCUCGGCUCCGUGCACCACACCAUCCACGUCACGGUCAAAGCUGCUCCAUAUUGGAUCAGUGGCGCUCCCAGGAACCUUGUUCUAGCGCCGGGGGAGAGCGGUGUGCUGACCUGCAGGGCCAGUGGCACGCCCAAGCCCUCCAUCACCUGGGCUAUGAAUGGCAUCCCCAUAGAGAAUUCCCCCAAGGAUCUCAGCAGAAAGGUGGAAGACGACACCAUCAUCUUCACUGAUGUGCAGGCGGGCUCCAGCGCCGUCUACCAGUGUAAUGUCUCCAAUGACUACGGUUACCUCCUGUCCAACGCCUUCGUCAAUGUGCUGUCGGAGCCACCCAGAGUGCUGACACCAGCCAACAAAGUCUACCAGGUCAUCAAAAAUCACCAGGCCCUGAUAGACUGUGCUUCCUUUGGAUCACCCAUCCCUAAAAUUACAUGGUUCAAAGACAGCCGGUCCAGCACCCUGGAUGGAGACCCUUACAUCCUUCAUGACAAUGGCACUUUAGAGAUUCACAUAGCUCAAGCCCACAAUAGCGGCAGAUACACCUGCGUGGCCAGGAACAGCAUCGGUAUCUAUGAGAAUCACAUCUUCCUGGAGGUCAAAGAGCCCACCCGAAUCCUGAAGCAGCCGGAGUACAAAGUGGUCCAGAGGGGUAGGUCUGUGGUGUUUGAGUGCAAGGUGAAGCACGACCCCUCACUCGUCCCGACCAUGACCUGGCUCAAAGACGACGGAGAGCUGCCUGAUGAUGAGAGAUUAAUCUUGGGCUCUGACAGCCUCACAAUCACCGAUGUGACGGAGAACGACGCGGGCGUGUACACCUGCAUCACGAACACCACUCUGGACCAUGAUUCAGCCAGCGCUGAGCUCACUGUUGUCGAGGCCACGCCAACACCAGCUGUUGUCUACGAGCGACCCGACCCCCCAACUGACCUAGAGCUGACGGACCAGAAAAAGAGGAGUGUUCAGCUCACUUGGACCCCUGGGGAUGAACAUAACAGUCCUAUUCAGAAAUUUCUGAUCCAAUAUGAAGACUUACUGCACCACCGCGGCCACUGGCAUAAUCUUACCGAGGUCCCUGGAACAAAGACGACAGCUCACCUCAAACUGUCACCCUACAUCCACUACACCUUCAGAGUUCUGGCCCUCAAUGCUGUGGGUUUCAGCCGCCCCAGUUUCCCCUCCAGGGUCUUCAAGACAGAACCUGCAGCUCCAGAUGAGAAUCCAACAGGUGUACAGGGAUUUGGGACAGAACAUGAUAAUCUUGUAAUCUCCUGGAAGCCGCUGUCAGGCCUCCAGUCUAACGGUCCAGGGCUUCACUACAAGGUGAUGUGGAGGCAGAAGGCGGUGGACAGUGAUUGGACCACAGUGUCUGUGGCUAACAACUCCAAGUUUGUUGUGUCUGGAACGCCCACGUUUGUUCCAUAUGAGCUAAAAGUCCAGGCUGUGAACGACUACGGAGCCGGACCGGAGCCUGCUAUUGCCCACGGAUACUCAGGAGAGGACUUGCCAGUAGCAGCUCCAGAAAACGUGCAGGCCAUAGCGCUGAACAGCACUCUGGCAGAGGUGCACUGGGAUCCUGUGCCCUUUAAAUCAAUACGGGGACACCUCAAAGGAUUUAAGGUGUACUACUGGAGAGAACGCAGCCUCCACAAACACAACCCCCAUCACGUGGAGAAGCAGAUCCUGACCUUCAGUGGGAACCACAGCCGCGGCAUGCUGCCUGGUCUGCACCCCUUCAGUCUGUACUCGUUCAAUGUCAGGGUUUAUAACGGCAAGGGCGAGGGUCCUCCCAGCCCCACCCAGCAGUUUGACACGCCUGAAGGAGUGCCGGGGGCUCCUACCUCCCUGAUAGUCACCAACCCCAACCUGGACUCUCUAACCCUUGAAUGGAAUCCUCCUCAUGUCCGUAAUGGACGCAUCACCGGCUACACCCUCAAAUAUCAGCCAGUCAAUAACUCCAAUGAGCUGGGCCCAGUGGAGGAGCUGGCCCUGCCCGCCAAUGAGACCUCAGUCACUUUGCCCAACCUCAAGUACAGCACACGCUACAAGUUUUAUUUGAAUGCGAAAACAGUCAGGGGAGCAGGCCCAGCCAUUUCUCAGGAAGGUGUCACCAUCAUGGACGAAGUUGUGCUUGCUCCCUCAAACGUCCCUCUCUUCAUGAACGUCCCUCCUGCAGGUGAAGCUGAAGAGGAGUGGCAGAAAGAGCUUGUGAACGGCUCUCAGAACAUUAUGCUGAAGGGCUUAAAGGGGGGCCUCUCCUAUAGGGUGCGUGUGGUGGCCAAAGGUCACCACGACCAGCCGCUCCACCUCUCUGAGGAGGUAUUGGUGACGGUCCCAGCUGUGGCGAGCAGACAGGUGGACAUCGCCACUCAGGGAUGGUUCAUUGGCCUCAUGUGUGCCAUUGCUCUGCUCAUCCUGAUCCUCCUCAUUAUCUGCUUCAUCCAGAGGAAUAAGGGAGGGAAAUACCCCGUCAAAGAGAAGGAGGAUGCACACACAGACCCGGAGUUUCAGCCCAUGAAAGACGAUGACUGUACUUUUGGGGAAUACAGUGACAAUGAGGACCAUAAACCGUUAAAAGGGAGCCGCACGCCAUCUAAUGGGACAGUUAAGAGGGACGACAGUGACGACAGUUUAGUUGACUACGGGGAAGGAGGAGACGGACAGUUCAACGAGGAUGGCUCGUUUAUCGGCCAGUAUAGUGGAAAGAGUGCCAGCAGGGACACUGCUGAGGGCCACGAGAGCUCGGAGGCCCCAUCCCCUAUUAAUGCCAUGAACUCCUUGAACUCAUUUGUGUAGCCUGACAGACCGGUAUGAGGUGGUGCACAUUGACUGCUCCAUCCCCACAUCUCUCUUAGAGGGCUGUUCCAACACCGCAUGGCUUUAUGAUCACGUCUCCAUCCCCAGCACAACACAUGACACGUGAGAUACAGACAACUUAUCAAAGACGUUUAUGUUUUCACUUGGAAAUCUUUCAUGGAAAGGCUUUCAAACCUGUGCUCAUUACAGUGUAUCCCAAGCAGCAUUUAGCAAGGAAGUAGCUCCACCUGACAUUUGAUUUUAACAGUGCAUGAAAUACCUGAUAUGACCUUAAAUCCAUAUAUUAAUUAACACUUUGAUAUUAACAAGUGUUGCAUUCUUACCACAAAUCUCUUACGGACUAUGCAGUGCUCGUCUGAACUAUAUUUGUUUUUGUCAUUGGUUAUUAUAUUAUCUACUAUGUUCAAAUAGUAAUCAGUGUCUACAGUAAAAGGCUAUUAUUCCAUGUAUUUUUCCAACACACGCUUGUACAGGAAUCUGUAUUUAAUAAUGUAAUUCCUCCAUGUAAUUCCAUCAUGCGUUUACAAGGCAGGUCAUGUACAGUGUAUAUAUAUAAAGUGAACUAUUUGCAGACUGAAUAUUGGGAGCAGUGCACACUGCAUGCUUGUGAUUGCUGCAUUGGUACAUCCUCAUCUGUCACCCCUCUGUUGUGAAUGAUGCGACUGCACCUAUGACAGAGGAGGCUGAAACGCUGCAUGGCUUGUAACGUUACCUCAUAACCUUUGCCCCGCAUGUAACCUCCUCUUAUUGAGUGUGAUCUGAGGGCCAGCGGGGGACGCUGAGGGGGUGACAGCUUGCCUCAGUCCCCGCAGCGCUCCUUCAGCAGGUUGUGCCUUUUCUUCAAAACAACGAUUCGAUUGUGAAGUCUCUUUCCACAGUUCAUUGACUGGAACAGAGAGAGUAGUAGGACUGCAGAAGUCACACCCAGGGAUGGAUAAGAUAAGCUUGAGAAGAGGACUCUGUGGAGGGAGGAAUAAUUCAUAUACUUGUGUCAUCUUUUUUUUAAAGACACCUCCAAAUGCCUUGAAACACAGGACUGGCUUUGAUUCCUCUGAGAAGCUAAACGCACUCACAUAAAACAUCAUUAAAACCAUGUCUGGUGCAUUUUCAAAAUCUGCAGUCAUCAUGUACAAUACCCGAUUGUAUUUCUGCAGUGUAUGAAUGUAUGGAUAUCUGUGAGUGUGUAGGUGUGUGUGUGUGCAGAUACAGUACAUCAUUCAAUUCCUAUUAGGCAAAAAUUGUUCACUUGUACUAACUGACACUUGAGGGCCUUUGGAUGGGAUCAAGAUUUCUUUUCUCUUAACUUGCAUCAAGUUUUUUUUUUAAGACGUGUAGAAUAUUUGUUAAAUUUGUAAAUACCUUAAUUGAUUGUACAGGGACAAGCAGCUUAUAAGGCAGCCUAAGAGGCAAUAUUGUGCAUGAUAUGGUUUAACCUGUUGAUAGGACUGUAUUAAAUAUAGAGUACUUGUAGAGAAUAUAUAUACAUAUAUUCCUUUUUUUUCUUGCUGUGCACACUGUACAUUGUUCUGUAACUAUCUGGACAUAAAAUUGCAUAUAAAUUUGAAUUCUGAUUGUUUUCUGAUUUGCUUGUCAGCGAGUUACAUAACUUUGGUAUUGUACAAGAACAUGUAGGAUAUAGCGACAAUAUUAAUUGAUGCACAGAAUUAUAUUAUUCUGAUUUGUAUUGGUUCUACGCUGUCCCAAUAUACUGCCAAAAGGAUGCUUUUUUCUGACAGUAUUGCAAAUGGUUUUGUAUUUAAGAAACAGAUUUGUACUAACAGAUACUUUCUUUGUCUCUAUUUAAGUUUCUC